AUGCCUUCGAUAAGUCUACACCCGGCCGAUUUCGACAGCUGUGUGACUGGCAAAAGGAUCGCAACGGCGACAGUCAGUCGUGCUUCAGACGGAGGAACGAACGAGCAAGCAUUCGAUCUGCUGUGCGCGAAGGUCCCGUCAGACGACUUCGAAUCAAUCGACGUAUUGAAUAAGAAUGGAUUUCAAUAUGUCGAGGGCGAGAUUGACCUGGAGGUGAACCUCGAGACGACCGGUAUCAUCGAAGACACCACAAGUCUGCGCAAGGCUACCCUCGAUGAUCUACGAGAUCUCAAAGGGCUAGCAUCCGAAUCAAUGCGAGGCCGUACACGCCUUCGAAGCCCUUGGUUCACAACAGAAGACUCCGACAAGAUGUAUGAAACCUGGAUCGAAAAUGCCGUAAAGGGUCGUUACGACCACGUCUGUUUGGUCCACACAGAUGAAGCAGACAGAGUCACUGCAUUCAUCACGAUUAGAUGGCUCAAUGACGUCGAAGGACGGAUCGGUCUCUUCGCAGUCUCCGAGGAAUCGCGCAAGAGAGGCGUGGGAUCAAGAUUGUUCGAACAUGCAAAGGGUUUCUGCGACAGCUCUGGACGGAAGAAGCUGUUUGUUGCUACGCAGACGAGCAAUUUGGCUGCUUUGCGGCUAUAUCAGAGGACAGGUGGCCAGGCAAUUUCGACUGCACAUUGGUAUUACAAGAAGCCAGGUCGGGCAUCUCUGUCUUCCACAAACGCACAGAACGAAAGCAGCACGGCUGAGCAACCAGGUGCUUCUGUGCUCUCACGACCAUGUAGUGGGCAAAACAGCUUGGAACACGUGAAGGAAGUGUUGGAACAUGGAAGCUUGGCUGGAAAUGGCAAGUUCACUCGGAAAUGCGAAGACCUAGCAAAUAUUCAGGGCCAUGAUAGGAUUCUUCUGACAACAAGCGGAACCUUGGCCUUGCAUAUCGCCGCUCUCGCCAUCGACCUCAAGCUUGGAGACGAGGUUAUCAUGCCAACAUUUACUUACGUCUCGACAGUCAACGCCUUCACAAUGCGUGGGGCGACGCCUGUCUUUCUGGAUGUCGAUUAUACGUCGAUGAACAUGGAUUCGUCGCUCGUAGAAGGGGCGAUAACACCCAAGACACGAGCUCUUGUUGUUGUUCAUUAUGCUGGCGUUCCUUGUGAUAUGAAUGGUCUUGUUGGAAUCGCCCAAUUACAUGGCCUUCUCGUCGUGGAAGACGCAGCUCAGGGUCUUGGAUCCACAUCUGAAGAAUGUGCUCUGGGAUCUAUGGGAGACAUCGGUUGCUUGAGCUUCCACGGGACCAAGAUGGUGACAUCCGGAGGCCAGGGCGGCGCUGUCAUUGUCAGCAACACCGCACUACUCAAGUCCGUCCAGAACGCAUACUGGAAUGGCACAAACAGAGCGGAUUUUGCCGAGGGUCUGGUGCCGGAAUACACUUGGAUAGGGCCAGGAUUCAACUCCCAGAUGUCAGAGGUGCUCGCUGCACUACUCUACUGCCAGCUCGUUGUCCUCCCCGAACUUUUGGAGCAUAAUCGGCGAGGCUACGCUAUAUACUACGACCGUCUGUCUGCACUUGCUGAAAGGGGCGAGAUUGCACUUCCUACGCCGCCAAGUCAAGAGCACAAUGCCCACAUCUUCCACAUCAAAGUCGUCGACGCUACUCAGCGAGGGCCGUUGAAGAGGUAUCUCAAGGAGAGGAACAUCGCUUCUGAGCCGCAUUACGCUCCAUUGCAUUCGACUCCUCCAGGUAGAAGUCUGGGCCGAUAUCUUACCAGAGAAGAUGUUGCGAGCAAGGCGGCAGUUCAAUUGCUCAGGUUGCCGUUGCACGUUGGCAUGACUGAGCGAGAGAUUGAUAAGGCAGUUCUGGCAAUUGAGGGCUUCUUUGAUGGACGGAGUCCGUGA